UUCAUAUAGUACACACUAUACACUGUUUUAGAAUUGUAUGGUAACUUCGUUCAAAAUACAUCCACAGAGGACUGGAGAUGUCUAAUAGACACGUCAUCCUGUUCAUAAUUUGUAACAAUCUCGUUAUGAUUUUUGCUCCUCCUAAAGACCCGCCAGGUACUGUCGCACCUCCAACCACAACGAUGGGGAUUGCAGAAACGCAAACUGAAGAUAAGGGAACAGAUAACGUUGGAUCAGAUCUGGAUGGGAUGAAGGCGUUAUUUAAUGCAACAUUAUCAUACUAUGAUACAAGAAUCCGGCCACGAAUCGACCAAUCCCUUGUUGUCAAUGUAAACACUACGUUUGUGCCGCAGAGUGUACUGCAUUUUGAUACAUCCGAACAGAAAUUCUCUGUCCUCGGUUACUUCAGGAUCGAAUGGAAAGACGAAGUGAUCACGUGGAAUCCCGACGAUUAUGCGGGGACAAAUUAUAUAAAAGUCCCCAUUUCCGAAAUAUGGACUCCUAGCCUAAUAAUUCUUAAGGCCUUUGACGGUGACGGUGUUGUUGGAAAUGCAAAAACAGACAUUGCUAAAAUCUGGUCUGACGGUUCUGUUCAAUGGGUUCCAGAGAGUAUAUACAGCGUAGUUUGCAAUGUGAACAUCAAGUUAUAUCCGUUUGAUCACCAAUUCUGCACAGUUACAUACUACGUAUCUGAUGAAACUAUAACAACCGUUAUGCUUGACCACCCUAAAAGCGUCACUCUGGACGAAUACACGGAGAAUUCAGCAUGGAAAAUAACCAGUCUCAGCAAGAGGAAGUACCUUCUGUAUAACACAUACCACAUCGACAUAGAAUUUAAGCUACAGAGACGAGCUAACUUUGCAACAUUUACUUUGAUUAUGCCUCUCCUGAUGUUGGCUUUUCUUAAUAUCUGCGUGUUCCUUGUUCCUGUUGGGUCUGGUGAGAAAGGUUCUUUCGCAAUUACAAUAUUCCUUUCUUACGGUAUCUUCGUUACAAUCGUAAGUGACACUCUACCGGACAAUUCCCUUCAAAUUUCCUACUUUCUUCUCUUUAUCAUCGUCCUGCUUUUUAUGAGCGUCCUGUCUGUCGUGUACACCAUCAAACAAGCUAAACUUAUGUCUAGUAUGGGUGACAAAGAAUGCGGCAUCAAAUGUUUACAACCUAGAAAACCCGUGAUAAUGAAACCGACACCCUUUGAUCCAACUAAAGGAUAUACGGAUGACGAGAAUGAUCCAGCAGAUUGUAAACCUGUCAGCAGAAAUGACGAAGAUGAUGAGAUAUAUACAUGGGCAAUGUUUCUGGAGAAACUCGACGUGAUUCUCUUCAUCAUCUUCUUUGCUCUGGUACUAUUAGCAACAUCUGCUUUCUUCAGUCUGAUGCUUCAGAGAGUAAGCGAGGAUAAGUUCAGUCAAAUCUAAGUUACGUCAGAUAUGAUACAAUGGGAUCUAUAUGAUAUCAAAGUUUUUAAUUUAAGUUUUAUACCGGUAUAUGACACGUGUUGUGUGAUUUUGUACAUAAACAAUCGUUUGCAGUGUUUCUUUUUAUUGUGUAAAAGAGUAAGCGAGUUCAGUAAAAUAUAGGUGGCAUUAAAUGUACUCGACAUGUUUUACAAUGUAUUUUUAGACUUUUUUUGUAUAUUAAUCACAAUGAGUACAUUAAUUGAACGUGGGCGGUAUUAAACAUUUUAAAAACAUUUUAACAAUAAAACAAGCAGUCAUGAUGACUUCAAUGUGAAUUCUAGUUGUGCUAUAUGAUUAAUUGUUCUGCUAGUUGGUCUUAAAGACUUCGCCGCCUACGAAUCUUUUUCACAUAGGAUAUUUUAGAUGACCUAUUAAAAUGACAUUUUCCUUAUUGUUUUGCUGCCAAGAUAAGUUUAACAAGCAGUUAAUUUCAAAAGAUGCAAUAUCAUUACAAAUAUUGAUCAAUGAUUUAUGAAGAAAUUGACAAACAUAAAAUGUUUAAACAAUCUCACUCAUAAAAAUAUCGCCUAACUCUGUUUUAAUGUUUCCGAUACAAUACGAACAAUAUAUAUUAGAAUUUGCCGUUAUCCAGGUGAAUAAUUCAUUACUUUUGAAUAGUAAAAUAUUAUUUGAAUAUUAUUUUGGAAAGAUCUAUAAUAGUGAUUAAAAUUUACAUUCACAAUUUACACUUUAAUGGGCAUAGUGUCACUGUAACAUUCGCCAAAUAAAAUUUAACGUGAUUAGAACAUUCGAAAAUUGUAGCUUACAUGUGCACAUUGUCAUAAAUUUGAUAUUGUUUGGUAUUUUUUUUAUAUAUUUUUUAUUUCGAUUUAGAAUUUUUCAAUACGUAUUUCGUUAUUUUCUGUUCAUUUAUUGUUUUAUACAGAUCGUUUAUAAAAUUACUUGGACUUAUUAUGACUGUUCAGUCAAUUUUAAUGUCACAAGGUUGGCAUGUAAUUAGGUUGUAAUACUUAAAGCUUGUUAUAUUGUGAGUACCAAAAUAGACCCAAAAUAGAAAAUCUAUCAAAAAUAAUAACAUUUGACCGUAUAUGUUUUUAUUUGAAGCGACGAUUUUAUACAUGUAAUUGCAAAAAUCAAUGCGCACAUUAUGUAAAUAAUUUUCAACCGCCUGAAUUUUUGCCAGAAUUUAAAACACAAAACAUGUAGCUUAUUAUUCUCAAAUGGAAUUUGAAUGUUAUUAUUCAAGUAUUGAAACAGAUUUACAAAAGGUUUAAAUACGAAAAGAUAACAUAACACAAUAUACUAUUUUCUGAACUUCUUAUUAAAAAAAUUAAGAAUAAAAAGAAUAAAUAAUGGAAACUAUUUUUAGAAUAAUUAUACAUUUUUUGUACUAAAGAUCAUAUAAUUAUACUAUCUCUACCCGGCCGGCCGUACGUUUAUGGCGAAUUUUAAGUUAAUUUUGAAAGACAAACCAUAUGGUUAGUCAAACAAGGAGUGCAA